AUGGACGUCUUUCCCCGAAUGACUAAACGGUCUCAGAAACGAAAGGAAGCCCGCAGUGUGCCUGGAUUGAUCUUUGUUGCCUUUGAUGGCACAUGGCAUGGUAGUAGCAAGAGUUCAAAAGAGACCGUGGUCUCAUGCCUGCCUCGUCUCAUCGCCAAAGGCGAAAACGCUCGAAAGAUCCGCCUCAACGGUGUAGGGAGCGACGGUUUAACAGACAAGUUUCUUGGAGGUCUUGGUGGAUGGGGCACACUCCGGAACGUGAUCCGAGCCUAUGAUAAUAUUGCCGAAGACUACAACAAGCGAGACAGGAUUAUCCUUUGUGGCUACUCGCGAGGUGCAUGGGCUGCUCGCUACCUUGCUCUCAUCAUUGAACGCAUCGGCCUAGUUCGUAAUGGCGACAGGGCGUUUUACAAGCGCUUAUACAAGGCAUGUGACAAUGACCCAUAUCUUGCCAAAGUCGACAAGUCUGAAGUACGUGGCACCUAUAAAUUCUACGAUGAUGUCAAAAUCGAUGCCUUGUGUUGCUUCGAUACAGUUGGCUCACUGGGCCUCCCGCUGUUUGGCAUUGCAAAGCCGCUCUCUUACCUUCAUCGAAACAAGUAUCAACCCAAAACCAUAGACCCUGUUCCAAAGAGUGAGUAUCAUGAAUAUUCGGGAUCAAUUGAUCUGGACUUCCGACUUCGCCAUGAACUAAUACUCGAAUCAGAUGUGAACUAUGCUUUUCAUGCUUUGGCUUUACAUGAGAAACGAAGCCCUUAUAGUCCGACCUACAUGUGCGGACGCAACGUGCACCAAGUCUUUUUUCUAGGCGAUCAUGGUAGCAUAGGCAAGAUUGAGAAACACGAGGGUCUUGUGCAUGCUCCUCUCGCGUGGAUGGUCCAGCAACUAAAAUCGCAUAUGAGCAUUACCUUCGAUGAAGACAAACUCAAGGAGCGCUUCCCAAGCUACAUUUCCGAGGAACAAGCCAAGGAUGCGUCUCAACAAGGACGCCAACACGCCACGCGUAAGUCCAUGGAGCAGCAUGCCUGGUGCUGUCCCAGCGGUUCCUUGCCUGGAGCUGGGAUUGGCAAACUAUUCAUCAUGGGUAAAAAAGACCGUGACCCGGGAGUGGCUCUCAAGUUCUGUGACUCCAAGUACCCCGAGUCCAGCACAGACGAAUUAAGUCGGCAUGAGGCUGCUUCGUCUCAUCCUGAAAUACACAUCAACGCGAGAGGACGGCAGGCAUGUGGCUUCAUCGAUGCAGUACCAGGUUAUAUUGGCUCCUUAUCUCCGGAUUCAAGCCGAGUUUGGCUUUGGAAGAGGAACAUGAAUGGAGGGCAGGACGGGACUUCUGCGAACAUAAUUCAUGAAGCAAGGGUUGGCUUUCUAGAAGCGAGACUUCUGGGACUACCUUUGAAGGAAGCUAGCGAACUCAGCUGCUGUGAUCUGGAACGCUCAAGAGAAGGUCUUACCAAUGAUGGAGUUUCAGACAUUGACGGGAAAGCUCAGAGGGGACAAAGCACACGGAUUAGGGUAAAGAAGUGGUUCAAAAGAGGCUUUGGUGCAAGUUCCGAAGCGUCCUAG